AUGCAACAGGGUCAGAUACCUCGCGUAGGCAAGAAACCAGGACUCUUGGGCAACACAUCCGAUAGCCAUUUCUUCAAACACAGCUUGGAGCUCAUUGAAGAAGGGUAUUCAAAGUAUAAAGACUUUGUGCAUUCAUUAUGGACGACAGAUAUGGAUCGAGUCAUUGUUUCUCGAAAGUUCAUGAAAGAUUUCAGUGUUCUCCCAGGAAAACAAGUGCGCCUCACUGCAUCGGUUCGACACGCUGGUCCGUAUACUGGCUUCGAUAUUGCGGAGGAAAGUGACCUGCAGUUCCUUGUUUGUGCAGGGCAACUAUCUCAAAAUUUAGUGGUCAGCUUGGUUGACGGAAUGCCAAGCAACUAUAGCUUUCUGCUAUUUGGUCUCGCUAUUGAACUUGUUUCUAGCGUUAGUGCUCGUGCUUUUGUCGGGCCGGAGCUAUGUAGAGAUCCAGAAUGGUUGGCUACCGCAACAGGCUAUACUAAAGACUCCGAAAAUGUAGCUACUGAUCUCAAGAAGCACUAUAGAUUUUUCCACCCUAUUAUCGCUCCUUUCCUUAAAUCCUAUAAACAGAUCCGCAAUCGGUUUUCAGUGGCCUGCAAGCUUCUACUUCCACUCAUACAAGAGCGCAGGUCAACUACCUCGAAAGAGCAUCCGGAUAUGGUACAAUGGCUAAUCGACUCUGCUCGUGGACCUGAUGCAGAAACAGACAAACUAGUAACACGAAUGCUUUUUCUCAACGCAGCUGCGAUACAUACAGCAGCAGAGGUGGCGACGACCGCCAUACUAGAUCUCUGUGCUAGACCGGAGGACCUCGAAACUUUGAAGGGGGAAUUGACAAUGGUAACCAAAGAAGCUGAAGACACCGAUAUCACUAUUCGGACGCUGUCGUCUCUUAAGAAGAUGGAUAGUUUCAUAAAGGAAUCGCAUCGUGUAAAUACACUUGGCUUAAUGACUUUCAAUCGUCAACUUACGGCACCUGAACACUCUCAAAUGGAGUGA